UUUCUGACUUGACCAACCAUCACAGAUACCUGCAAGACAGUCAGAAACAUGAUGCUGCCUCCCAUGGUCCUGCCCAGAAUGUCCUGGCUGCUGCUCUCCUGCCUGAUGCUCCUAUCUCAGGUGCAAGGUGAAGAUACCAAGGAGGAGUCUCUCCCCAAAAUCAGCUGUCCCAGAGGCUCUUAUGCCUUUGGCUCCCACUGUUAUGCCUUGUUUAGGACACCAAAAACCUGGAUUGAUGCAGAUUUGGCCUGCCAGAAGCGACCUUCAGGAUCUCUUGCAUCUGUGCUCAGUGGAGCUGAGGCAAACUUCUUGGCCUCUCUGGUCAAGAAAAAUCUGAACACCUGCUAUUACAUCUGGAUUGGGCUCCAUGAUCCCACAGAGGGUCUUGAGCCCAAUGCCGGUGGAUGGGAGUGGAGUAAUAGAGAUGUGAUGGAUUACUUUGCCUGGGAGAAAGAUCCUGCCAGCAUCCCAAACCCUGGCCAUUGUGGGAGCCUGUCUCAAAACUCAGGAUAUCUGUUAUGGCAAGAUUAUAACUGCUAUGAGAAGUUACCCUAUAUCUGUAAGUUUAAGGGUUAAGUCAGGUGGGAGUCAGCAACCUGAAUUGGGAUUCAGCUCAUCGUGGGACCAAGUGAAGACCCACUCCAAAAAGGGAUAUUUUCCCCACCCCCUCAAUCCUGACCUCUUCUUUUAUGACCUUCCCUCCUACUCCUCUUAAUUUCAAGCUUUGAAUGCCCAAUAGCCUUAUGUCUCAAAGAGUCACAAUAAAUGUUUUACUUAA